AUGCGGCACACGUCGUUGUCGUUUUCGUCGCUCCUCGUCCUUGGGCUCUUUUUGGUCGUUCGAGGUAGCCAAUCAUCCCCACGAACAUGUCAACAAGACGAUCCAUGCAAAGAUUGUUCCAUUGAGAAAACGCUUGGCGCAAUUUGUACAUCAUCAGAGAAAGAUGAUCAAUUAAAAGCUCCGUUUUUUUCUGCAAUCCGAGGACAAAAAAGAUCGACGGAAUGCCCGAAAAGCGAGCGGCAUUUCUCGUUGAGCACUCUCAAUUGCACUGAUCCGAUCAAGUGGACUUUCCAUGCACAAGGUACUUCCGGCUCAGGUCGUGUUGGUGAUGUGUGCUCUUUCAACACGGAUUGCUUGCAAGGAAUGUAUUGCGCUCUCGGGAGUUGUCGAUGUCUUUCAACGUAUAUUGCUGUUGAUGCAUAUUGCUAUGAGAAGAUUUCUCCCGCUGAAUCCGGAUGUUUCUACGAUUCGCAGUGUUCAUCGGUUUGGCCGGAUGCUUAUUGCAAAAAUGGAAUGUGCUUCUGCCCGAGUGAAGAAAUGAGAGCAGUUAAGACAAGAGAUGGAACAUUGUGUGUGUGGUCAUCGCCAGGAGAGCCGGCUUGCCCGCUUCCCUCACUUCCGCCACCCGAUAGUCCGGCUGCUUUGGUAGUUCUGCCAGCCACCGGAGCAAAGACGUCAGUAACGAUCGCAAGUUGCAAUCCGUACAGCAAUCAAUCACCGCCAAGCGAGGAGGAGCUGGUGAUGAACCCACAUAAUUUCAAAUGCGCUGUUAAGCCGACGCUGAGCAAGCCAGGAGAUGAGGUAAUCCCAAUCGAUGUCUCUGAUAUUUACGAUUGUGUCGACAAUUCGCUUUUCUGGAAAGCGCAGGGGAUUGAGUCGAAUGCGCAUCCGAUUGGGGUUUGCUGUAUGAAUAGGGCUUUCACCUGUAUGCAACCGAGACGCGGCGAAAGCGACGGAUUGGGAGCAGUGCCGAGAUGGUGGUUCAACGCGGUCACCGGCUCGUGUCAGCAAUUCCUCUUCGAUCCACAAUCGGCCGACGUCUCGCCAAACAACUUCGAAACUCUCGACCAUUGUGAAGCAUUUUGCAAAGACACUUGUCCUCGCGGAAACCCAGCCUAUGUGGCCUCGAAAUCGCACCUCGGUCAAUCUCCACAAGCCGGUUGCACUCUCGCUCAACCAUGCCCCGAUCCAUUUCAAUGCACCGAGGUCGCCUCGCAGAGUUUGUGCUGUCCGAGUCGGAAACAUAUUUGUUCGGAUGCGGGCGGUCGACUAAAAGAUCCGCUUCGUCCAUAUCCCUACGAUCCAGGAAUGAGAUUCGAUCAGAUCACAGGGGAAAGAGCUGACUAUGCUUUUGGAUUGACAACAAGAUAUUACUACAACCCGCACGACGGUCAGUGCCAUCCGUUCACGUUCAACGGUUUCCUCGGCAAUUUCAACAAUUUCGCCAAUCAAGCCGAUUGUCAAUUGUUCUGCGCGAGAUUACAAUGCCCUCAUGGUCAUCCAUUGACAACGGGUGGAGGCGCUCCGCAGAGAUGUCAACGCGAUUCGGAUUGCCCGUCAACGCACACAUGCAGCACCGAGCACUCUGUUUGCUGUGCCACAUCGCAAACCCUGUGCACAGAGCCGCUUCGUGUCGGCGAUUGCAAGCAAAGUGUUCGCUCGUUUUGGUACAACGCCGAAACGCGACAAUGCGAAUCCUUCAUGUAUACAGGAUGCCAGGGGAACAAUAAUCGUUUCGCUUCACUAAACGAGUGCCAGAGUUUCUGCAAGAAUAUCAAUGCUGAACCAAAAUGCCCCCAGGGGAGAGCUUACAUGGAUUAUACGGGACGUUUCUUCCAGUGUGGUGAUGGUCCAACAGGAAACGCUUGUCCGGCGAAUUACGAAUGUUACUUUGAUGGACUUGUGCACGGUUGUUGUCCUUCAAAGGCGUACACUUGCUCUCUCCAAUUGAACAAGGGAGUCUCUUGUGGAUCGGGAUCUUCAUAUCGUUAUUAUUACAACAAUCAAAUGAAAGAAUGUCAAUCUUUUCUUUUCCUUGGAUGCGAUGGCAAUAGCAACAAUUUUCCGUCGGCCGAAAAGUGUCAGAGCUAUUGCGAGAUUGCGAUUUGCCCGAACGGCGGCUCUCCGCUGCGAACGAACAGCAAAGUGCGCUCGUGCGCAUCCACUGAUCCGUGCCCAUCCGGGUAUGAAUGCUCGACGGUUGAGGCGAAUGGAGUGACGACGAGGAGAUGUUGUCCGACAAAAGCCGCCAUUUGCUCGAAGCCACCCCAGAUGGGAAGUAUGCCGAAAUGUGCGACUGGGGGUGGAAUCACGAGAUACUAUUUCAAUAUGGCCCUUCAAUCGUGCUCCUCAUACACGUCGAAUGGGUGUGACACGUCGCUGAACUCUUUCUCGACAAUGUCCGAGUGCGAGGACUUUUGUUUGUCGGCUGGAUGCGCGAGUGGAGAUGCCGUUUACAAGGACCCGAACAACAACAAGCCAUUCGUGUGCAACACGGCCUUGCAAAACAAUUGUCCCACCUCGUAUCAGUGUACAUUGAAUCCGUUGACUUCAGAGCACAAUUGUUGUGGUUCGGAUGGAAUGGGUGUUUGCCCGGAAGGCGAGAAAGCCUUCAUCGACGCGCGCUCGAGUACCGCUCGACAAUGUGCAAUGAUCGCGGACACGAAAUGUCCAACUGGAUACCUCUGCCGUUUCUCUCAACAAAACAAUCGAUAUUAUUGUUGUGGGAGUAUUAGUGGAUCCCUUUGCCCAUCAGGUCGUGCUCUUUAUCGUUCACCAAGCAGUCAAUCACCUAUUCAUUGUUCGAUUUCGAAUUUCGGUCACUCGUGUCCCACUGGAUAUCAAUGUCUUUCCGAGGUUGCAAGCGCAUUUCAAGGAUAUUGCUGCAGUCAGCAUGCCGUUUGCCCGAACGGAGUGCCAUUCCACGUAGACGAGAAAACGCAAAUGCCAACAAGUUGCACUCGGGACGCUUUCGCUUUCUGUCCAACUGGUUAUACUUGCCAGCAACAACCCGAAACAAACAAUUAUUAUUGUUGUCAGGGACAAGAGGAAAGCGGAAUUCAAGACGGUUGUCCACCAAAUCAAUUCGCGUACAUUGUUGAAGAAAAAGCGGCGACUUGUGAUCCGUUCAAUCGAGAGAAUAACGUUUGUCCAAGGGAUUACUCAUGUCAGUGGUCCUCAACAAAUCAAAAGUAUCAAUGCUGUGGCACGAUCCCAGUUCGUCAGAAGAAACCCUUCCAUAUCGAAGAUGGUUGUUCGGCUCGUCAAUUUGCCCUCCUUGAUCCACGUUCACAGCAACCUCGGCUCUGCACAGCUGGUGAGGCAAACGCCUGUCCACCCGGGUUCUUCUGCCAGUUCAGCCCAAGAAAGAAUCAGUUCCAAUGCUGUGGACAGAGUGCCGGUUGUCCCCCUCGACGAGCGGCUUUCAUUGCGAUCGAUGGAAAUGCCCAGGAAUGUCUAAUGGGAUCAGCGACUUGUGCUGAAGGAUACGAUUGUGUUGGUGGAAGUCAAGGAAAGAAUAUCUGCUGUAGUCAAGAAGGGCACGAGACUUGUGCUCCGGGCGAGAGAUUUGUCGACGGGAAAUGUGUGACAGCUAUAAAGCCGGGCGAUCCGUGUGUGGACAGUCAACAGUGCAUCGGGGGAAGCAAUUGUAUCGAUCGGAGAUGCACAUGCCCACCGGAGCACGAGGUUUCCGCUCAUGUAUGUGUUCCGCGCGAGUGUGCUGGGAAUGAGGUUCGCAUCGACGGGCUGUGCACAUCACGAGUUGACAUUGGCCAACAAUGCAAGAACUCGAUCCAGUGUUCGGGCAACUCGAAAUGCAUCAAUGGGCGCUGUGAUUGUGCGGAAGAAGAGGAGAUCGAUAACAAUAAAUGCGUGAAAAAGGCGAAUGCGGGCAAGAAAACGGCUGAGAUUUCGACGACAACCACUGAAGGAUCGACAACAGAAGAUGAGGGAUCAACAACGGAAAAAGAAAAAGAGACGACAACGGUGGAAGAAGAAAAAGAAGAGACAAAUGUUCCAAAGUCAUCAAAGGGGAAAGGAUUGUGCCCGAUUAAAGGACAAAAAGCCUAUUAUGAAAAGGGGACGACGAGAUUGAGAUACUGCUCCCCGGCAUUGGCCGAUUGCCCAAAAGGCUACAAUUGUCAGUAUUCAAAGCUGGAAAUGCAAAACGUUUGCUGCGGUGGGAUGACGGAAAAACCCUCGAAAAGUGCCACAAUGUGUCCAAUCGGAAUGUCACCGUAUCUUCUGAACGGGAAACCGAAAUCGUGUCAAUCGGGCACAUGUCCAUAUGGAUAUCAGUGUAAAUUCAGCUCCGCGAAGCACGACUAUUUCUGUUGUUCGAAGAAUGUGAAGACGAGAAAAAGUUAUAUGAGAAGACGUCACGAUGGAUGCGAGCGUGGUCGGGCUCUUCUCUUCCCGAACACUCAAGAACCGGUCUCUUGCGAACCGGGUCUCAAAGCAUGUCCAUCGGGCUAUGCUUGCCUCCCCAAUCUCAAUACGCAAAGCUAUCAAUGUUGUUCGAUUACAAUGGGACGAGAUAACGAGAUCACAUUUGAAGAAGUCGAGAUUGAAUGCCCCUCAUAUAUGACGAGAGUCGAGAAAGAGAUUAACGGAGUGAUUCGGACGAUUUGCGAAAGACCAUCCCAA